UUUCAGCCUGUGUGAAGAUGAGGGCGAUUAUCUGCAGCUGCCUGUUGGCCUUCGUUCUGAGCUAUAAAGUCACUGCUGAUUGAAUGUGACCAGGCACCACCAACAACUGUACUGUUAAUGCCUCUUCUGGAAAAACAGAUUGACUUCACACAAGGCUUAAUGAAAGUAAAUAUGAAUGUAAUCUGCAGUAUACCCAAAGUGUUAUGCUUGCUUCAGAUGAAACUCGCAACUCAGCUGCCGUGAGAACACUUCUGCUAAAUAAAACCACAGGUAACAAGGCUCCACCAGCAACAACAUCAACAACUACAACUACAACAAGACGAACAACGACAACAGCACCUCAUCCAGCAGCACCAACUGCACCAUCACCGUCACCUGCAGACACUGAUACAACAAAGAAACAAAGUCACUGUGGGCAGCCCUGAAAUGAGACAAUAUAUCAAAGUAUUUGAGAAGAGCCUGGCCUCUCUGCAGCGUCCUCACCCUGUUGAGGGUAAAGUGACGUGGCUUAGAGAGAUUAAUGGAAACAAAGUCAACAUACUUAGAGCUAAAGAAUGAAUGUGACCAGGCACCACCAACAACUGUACUGUUAAUGCCUCUUCUGGAAAAACAGAUUGACUUCACACAAGGCUUAAUGAAAGUAACAAGGCUCCACCAGCAACAACAUCAACAACUACAACUACAACAAGACGAACAACGACAACAGCACCUCAUCCAGCAGCACCAACUGCACCAUCACCGUCACCUGCAGACACUGAUACAACAAAGAAACAAAGUCACUGUGGGCAGCCCUGAAAUAAGAGAAAGACUUGAACCGUCUGGGAUGGAUCCGUUAGCCUUUACGUUGCUUCUCUUUCUGCUCGCUUUUAUCGGAUGCUGUGCGGGGCAGUCCGUACUGCCAUCGGGUCCGGUGGACGCAAUUGUGGGAAGAAAUGUCACGUUAACCACCCUGGUUGACAAAGCAAAUUAUGAUUACAUAACCUGGAAUUUCAACAACGGGGCUCAAUUUAAUGUUGCUACCUUGAGUCUGUCAGGGUUGAAAGUGGGCACACGGUUCCAGGGAAGAGCGUCGAUCAACACGACCAACGGAUACUUGACCCUGACAUCCCUGAAGGCAGCUGACGGCGGCGAAUAUAGCAUCAGCAUAUUAUCAUCAGAGGGUACACAAACCGGAGAUAUAAUCCUCCGAGUCCUCGAUCCAGCCACCAGCUCCACGCCUACCUCAGCUUCCCCUGAAACCACCAAGCAGUGUACAGGAUGCUGUGCGGGGCAGUCCGUACUGCCAUCGGGUCCGGUGGACGCAAUUGUGGGAAGAAAUGUCACGUUAACCACCCUGGUUGACAAAGCAAAUUAUGAUUACAUAACCUGGAAUUUCAACAACGGGGCUCAAUUUAAUGCUGCUACCUUGAGUCGGUCAGGGUUGAAAGUGGGCACACGGUUCCAGGGAAGAGCGUCGAUCAACACGACCAACGGAUACUUGACCCUGACAUCCCUGAAGGCAGCUGACGGCGGCGAAUAUAGCAUCAGCAUAUUAUCAUCAGAGGGUACACAAACCGGAGAUAUAAUCCUCCGAGUCCUCGAUCCAGCCACCAGCUCCACGCCUACCUCAGCUUCCCCUGAAACCACCAAGCAGUGUACAGAUCCAGCCACCAGCUCCACGCCUACCUCAGCUUCCCCUGAAACCACCAAGCAGUGUACAGUUUACUUUGUGCCUCUGGUUGUUUGUGUGGUUCUGAUUGUCCUGCUGUUGGCUGGUUAUCUGCUGCUGCUCUUCAAAUGGAUGAAAAACAGAAACCUCAGAUCUUCAAAAAGCAGAAAUGUGGAGUUAUCUGGCGCCCGCAAGAACAGGACUCCAGUCUCCACGGGUGAAGACUCCACUUACCAGAGCCUCGAUCCUGCCAGCAGGGACAAGGACCAGAUCUACUCCUCACUCACUUAACCUUACAUAACUCCCAGAAAACCACAAAUAGUUGAAUCCUCACACAAACACAAAGUGAGCUUUAAAGCGGUUGAUAGGUUUUUAUGCUAAGCUACCUGUUGAACACCGACGCCCCCGGUCUUGGGGGCAGCACAGGCCGACUCCUAAUAAGCUUUUUCAACGGUGCUGGUUAAAUGUACACAGAGGUGCAGAUACGAGUAGCCGCUAGCCUGAUUGACAAACACAUUGUCACUCCCGACUCAUCACAUAUUGACGCUUGGUCAAGACCCUUUGACGUCGCUUUUUAACGCCCUGGGUACCCCUUUUGCGCCAUUUAUUGUCAACUUAGCAAUGCUUAGCAACAACAAAUAUACAACUUCCGGUAAAGUUAGCAUCAAUAAAUAUGCAAAGACCGGUUAGACUUUCAAAAUAAAAGGCAGGUGUUUCGAAACAUUGCCAUUUUGAAACGG